AUGGAGUCGCGCGCAGGGGACACCGCGGACCUUAGAGGGAGCAGAGGAGGUCGCGGCCUUCCCUUAUCCGCCGGCCCCAGGUCCCGUCAGCUCCUGGCACGGCUGGACGCGCGCCCCCUGGCGGCCAGAGCUGCGACCGACCUGUCAGCGCUGGUACGAAGGGCGGGCACCACCUUGCGCCUGCGCAAGGAGGCUGUCAGUGUUCUGGACUCUGCGGAUAUAGAAGUCACAGACAGUCGCCUACCUCAUGGCACUCUUGUGGAACAUCGGUCCCAGGCCGGCGACCACGUGCUCCAUAUCAAUGGAGAGUCAACGCAGGGCCUCACUCAUGCCCAGGUCGUGGAGAGGAUCCGCUCUGGAGGCCCCCGGCUCCACCUUGUGCUCCGCAGGCCUCUAGAGCCCCAACCCGGCAAGCUUGAAGGGGUUGGGAGGGCCCCUGAAGGGAAUCUACCAUCCCCAGAUUGCAGCCCAGAUCCUAGGGGUCCGGAGAUGAGGUCUAGCAAUACCAGCCUUUCCCCAAUUCACCGCUCUCGAUCCAGUAGGACGCCCAAGACCCGGGGUGGCCAGGAGCCUAGUCCAGAGGCAGUGGUCGACCGUCCCGAGCUUCCUACUCCGGAGCACCACGCAGAGGACCUGGACGAUCGUAUCCCUAGUUCCCCUAGUUCUCCGGGGCCUUGGCUGGUGCCCAGCGAGGAGCGGCUCUCACAGGCCCUAGGGGUCCCCGGGGCCGCGAAGAUCGCCCAGGAGAUGGCAGCUGGAAGGCGGAGGCACUGAGCCUACAUCAGACAGCUCUGUACUCAACCUGAAUCUGGCGUGCCCGACGGCCGGCCGUGCACUAGCAUCUCCCUGGGAACUUCCACUUGGUUUCCCCCCCUCCCCCGCUGCGCAGUCGACUGGCCCACACUCCCAUCACAGCGGCAGUGGUACGGCCCUCCCGGAACCUGCCCUUUUCCCAGGCCAGCGCUUCUUGUUCAGGGCGAGGGAGGUAAUAAAAUGGUUGGAUCCAGUCUUGAUUACCCAGGUGAUCCGGGCGGGGUGGGGCUUCCCAGUCCACCUUGGAAAGGAGGGGGUGGGCGGUCUGGUUUUGAGGAGGGUCUUCACUUCUGGGGGUCUUCCGCCCAGCGUACUUGCUCCCCAGUCCUUUUCCUGCUCCUGUUCUCACUCAUUCAUCUCACCCUUUCGGAGGUGUGCAGGAGCUCACACAUGAUUCUUGCGCAUGGCGUGGGGAAUGCAGAGGUGGUCUGUUAUGGUGGGAGUACGCCAGUAUACGCACUGCUGCGGCUCGGAAUCCUCCUGACUCUUGGCUGAAGUCGGGAUAGCAAAUCUAGAAGCAGGGCGGUGUCCUUUGCAGGAGCCUGCGGUCUCCCACUUCCGGCCUAAAAGGCCAGCUUUUACUGGCACAAAGACUGCCACCCUUCUGGCACAGGCUGGGGCCCUGGAGCCCCCUUUGGGACAGAGCCGGGAAGGUGUGAGUCAGCGCCCCGGGCGGGCCAGGCUAAAAAAGGCUCUUAGUAGUUGGGCUGCGCCCCCCCUCCCCUUUCCCAUAGAUGGUGACAUACCACGGUCGGGCUUGUGUGCACACGCCUUAUGUUGGGCGUUCCCGGUCCCAGAAGAGAUCCAGAGUGUUCUCCUCUACCCUGGGAACUGAGCCCCACAACCCGGGCUUAUAUGGACAGGGGAAUUCCAAGCCGGGUACCCCUGAGACAGGUGCUGACUGAUGUCAGAGAAGUCCAGUCACCUCUGUUGUCACCACAUUCUGAACAUUCAGGCCCAUCCCCCAAGGAGGGAAGCUGUGGUCUGACCUGAACAGGCAACUUUUGCCCCAGUGGGGAAAGGAGAGAAAUUACAGGACCUGAGCGUGAGAGUCCCUAUGUGAGGCACUGGAAUGGAGACGGGUUUGCAAAGCCAAAACUGGAUUAGCUGGUAGCUGUAGUACGGGAGGUGAACAUUUGUGGAGGCUUCUUUUUUUUUUUUUUUUUUUUUGAGACAAGGUCUCACUGCAUAGCCCAGGC